UUCACAGUUUGAGAUGAUCUGAAUUACUGAGAAGCAGUAGAAUUGAGAAAACGGAAGCUAUGGAAUCGUCGUCCCUGACUUCGUUACCGGAAGAAACUACCGAUCAGCAACCCCAAUCUGUCUCCGCCUUUGCCUCCAUCCCAGCUCGCCCUCCCACUCAGAGUACUCCUUCUCAAAAGUACUCACCUUUAGAUUGGUCGGGCUAUUUUGAGCAAGAAGAGGACAUAAGCAUUCCGAACUCCGAUGAUGUAUUUCAUGUGUAUAUGGCAGGAAAAGAAGGUCCCGUUGUUUUUUGUCUACACGGAGGUGGUUAUAGUGGGCUUUCCUUUUCAUUGUCGGCAAGCCAUAUAAAAGAGAAAGCUCGGGUAGUUGCAAUGGACCUGCGAGGACAUGGAAAAUCAACAACAGAAAAUGAUCUUGACCUUUCCAUCGAGACAAUGUGCAAUGAUGUUGUGGCUGUUGUGAAAGCAAUGCAUGGGGAUUCUCCUCCAGCCAUCGUGCUUGUCGGCCACAGCAUGGGAGGCUCGGUUGCUGUGCAUGUUGCUGCAAGUAAAGCAAUAUCUAGCUUGGCUGGAUUGAUUGUUAUCGAUGUUGUAGAGGGGACAGCUUUGGCGUCAUUGAUUCAUAUGCAGAAAAUCCUAUCUAGCCGGGUGCAACAUUUUUCAAGCAUUGAAAAAGCGAUUGAAUGGAGUGUCAAAGGGGGCUCUUUGAGAAACACUGAGUCUGCUCGAGUGUCAAUCCCUGCCACAUUAAAGUAUGAUGAUUCUAAGAAAUGUUAUGUACACAGAGCACAACUGGUAGAAACAGAAAAAUAUUGGAGAGGCUGGUAUGAAGGCCUUUCAGAAAAAUUCCUGUCAUCUCCUGUUCCAAAGUUGUUGCUUUUAGCUGGCACAGACCGACUCGACAGAGCUCUUACAAUUGGUCAAAUGCAAGGAAAAUUUCAAAUGGUGGUUAUUAAACAUACAGGGCAUGCUAUACAGGAAGAUGUACCUGAUGAAUUUGCCAAUUUUGUGCUUAAUUUUGUAUCUCGUAACCGAAUUGGCCCACGUGGAGUUGAGAUACCAGGGCUUCGUAGGCCAUUCCAAUCUCAGCCUUGAAGUAGAAAGAAAAAUGUGAGGAUAGCUAGCUUCAGUUCUUCAAUGCUUUAAUUUUGUAGUCCUUCCUUUUUGGCUCUCUCCAAGCUAGAGUUCAUAUAUGUAAUCAGAUUUUUAUACAUGUACAUCAAAGUGUUUUUUUAUUUUUUUUUAUUUUUUUUUUAUGUAUAUUCGAAUUUAGACAAUUUACUCGUACCCUCCCCAACUUUGAUCAAAUCUGGGGUAAUUAUUUUUUUCUUUUUUAUUUUA